AUGGCCGAUCAAGCUCUUCCAGAGAACGUUAGUACAGAAGACCUGGUCGAGCUGCUCAUUGAUGGAGCACGCUAUGACGACGCAGACGAUGUGCAGACAGCGCUUGAUGCACGAGCUGACGAUGUUGGUGCCAAGAAUGAGGAGGGAAACACACCACUCCACUAUGCAUGCCUCAAUGGCCACGUCGACAUCGUGAGGCUCCUUAUGCUCCAUGGCGCCAGUGCAUCUGAGCUAAAUCGACAUUCUCGGACGCCGGUGGAUGAGGCGCUUGGGCGGCCCUUCCAAGACAGCGUGGUGGAUGUGAUAAACUCCUUCUUCAAGCAGCCCCUUGUGGAGGUGGAGCAGAUGCAGGAGGAAGAUGCUGAGGACGAUGCAGAGGCCUCGGACCAAGAAAUGAACGCUGAGAGGCAGAGACCUCGGCCCAAGCUGGUGGCCCCGGCAAUCAGAAGCACGCAUGUCACCGUGACGGUGCUCAAGAAGGUAAUGCAGCAUGAGAUCGCUGAGUCCUUCUUCAAUGAGCCAGUGGACGCUGAAGGCCUGGGUAUCCCAGAGUAUCGAGAAAUCAUCAGAACGCCGAUGGAUCUGGGGAUGAUAGCGCGGCGGCUGGAAAAUGGCUUGUAUGUGAGCGCGGCAGCGGUGGCAGAGGAUGUGCGGCUGGUGUGGCGCAACUGCCGCACCUUCAACGAGCCCGGCAGCGAUGUGUCCAAGAGCUGCGACGAGCUCGCCGGGUUCUUUGACCAGCUGUGGAAGCAGGCCAAGCUCGAAAAGGCUGCGGGUCCCAACUCUCCUGGAGACAGCGAGGGCGCUGCUGCGCUGAGCCACCCAGCGGCCUGGAUGCCCUUGGAUGCACAGGCGGAGGCCUCGGGAAGGAGACCUGGGGGCGGGGCGAAUGGGCUAACGGGCAAGGGCAGGAAAAUGGUGGCCCUCAAUAUAGCUGGGGACAUGAAUUUACCAGGGCCGUCGGGGCUGCAAGGGGCGCGGUCAGGGAUGGGCGGGCCCCCCUCUUAUGGCCUGCCGCAGCUGGACGUCUCCGCCCUGCGUCAGGGCCACCCUCUGCAGCGCUGCCUCAAUGACGCCGGGUUCCUUCCGUACUACCAUCUGACAGGAGAGCAGCCUGUGGAUCUGACCACCAUCAGGGAACGUCUGAUACCGGGUACCACACAGGGGUGGGGCACGAUCCACUACAAGUCGACAACGGACGUGCUGCAGGAUGUGCGGCGGGUUUGGAACGGCUACAGAUCCUCCUAUGAACCCACCGAUCCUGUUGUGCCUGCAUGCGACAUUGUGGAGCGCGCAUUCAGCUACGCAUGGACGCAGGCGGGCCUCAGCCUGGACGUGCCCCCAUCUCAGGGACCCCCCGACCAGCGCACUCAGCAGCGCAGGAUGCAGAUACAGAUGCAGCAGCGGAGGGUGCAGCAGUACAGCUCGGAGGAAGACAGCCCGCGCGCUGCGGCCGCCGCCCGGAGAGCGGCCGCGCCGUCGCCGCCGCCGGUGAUCCGCCAGAGGAGUGACGGCAAACCCGAGCGCCAGGCAGCCAAGCGCUUCAAGUCGGCCGUGCAACUCCACGCGGAUUCCGCGAGCGAAGGCACGCCCGAGAUCAGCGAGAGCUCAGACAGUGAAGUGCAGAAGUGGAGACCUCAGUCCACCCCAGGCAGAUGCGAUGUAUGCAAGAGGGCCAAGAAGGGGCGAUGCGGAACAGAGACAGCACCCGCCAGGUGUGAGCGCAGACCGGAGAACAGCACAAAGGGCGGCGGGGGUCACAAGGGCGGCCAGGCAGGCGGCGCCAAACCCUCUCUCAAGAGGAAGAACAGCUGGGAGGUGGAUGACGUGCAGCAGAAGCAGAAGCAGCCGGCGCCGGAAGCAGUGGCGCGGGCGUCAGUGGCAGCCCAGCGCCUGGCGGCGGUCAUGGAGCAACAGCAGCAGCAGCAGCAACAACAACAACAGCAGAAGCCUCGCGGCUCAAGCAGACUGGAGUACAUCCAGGACGAGCAGGAGAGGCGGGUUCUGCUGGAGUGGGCGCAGCUGCUGCGUGCACGCCAAGAAGCUGCCCAAGCCAUCGAGCUUGCAAACAAGGCGGUGGCGCAGGUGGCGGCUGCGGAGGCGGCGCUGCGGAGCGCGGUUGCGUACGAGGACGCGGUGGCGGCCAACGAGGCGGCCAAGCCGCGCACCGAGCCGUGGCCGCCCGACGCGCGCCUCGCACCCCCCGGCUACUCCUCCCCCAACCCCCUUGUGCAGCACUCGCGGCCCCAGGUUCUGCCUCCGGACAUUGCAUCAGCAGGCAACUUCUGGUUCGGCCAAAUGCCGGGCGCCGACCAGUCCCUCGACCGCAACAGACCCACCAACCCAGCAGGCUCAUCGGCGAUGGCGUCAGCAGCGAUCGGGCUGCAGCAGCGGCUGGCGCAGUUCCAGCAGCAGCAGCAGCAGCAGAUGGCGCGGCAGCAGCAGCACAAGCAGCAGGCCGGCCAGCAGCCGCACCCCCCGCUGCCCUCUGUCACCCUGCCGCAACCCGGCACGCAGCCCUUCCCGCCCUACAUGUACCGGCCGCAGCAGGAGGCUCAGCCGUCAACUCCCAGCACAUCGCAGCCACCGCCCUCCCAGGGGAUGAGCGCGGCGGGGCCCCCCUACAGCAGCGGGCAGCCCGGGCAGCCGGGGCUGCCCGGCGUGGGCAGCCCACGCGUGCCCAAGGCCGGGCAGGUCUCCUGGGGCGAUGCGCAGGCGGGCGCGCAGGGCCUGCCUGGCGGCAAUCCGGUGUCUGCGGGAGCACUGCAGCAGGCGUUCAGCGGAUUUGAGGGCAGCAUGCGCCUGCCAAGCAGCGGGCCGGCGGCAGCGCUGCCCCCUCCUGGGCAGGCUCUGCCAGGGUCAGCCGCCAACACAAGCAUGAUGGACAUCGGCAAGGGCCUGCACCAGACAGCCGCACCCAGCAUAGUUUGCAGCAGCAGCCUGGACCCCUGGAAAACUUUGGGCGUGUCGUACGAUGCGGACGAGAAGCAGAUCAAGAAGGCUUACAGGAAGCUGGCCCUCGACAACCACCCCGACCUGCGAGGCUCCGAGGCAGCAGCGCGGUUUGUGAAGAUCCAAGAGGCGUAUGAGGUGGUGACAGGGAAGCGCAGGGGCACCACUUCCGAAACUGCCCCGCGCUCCUCCACCGCUGCUGGCACCUGGGACUUCCACGACUGGUACUGGAAGUUCACGGCGGGCAAGAGGUGGGAUCAGCAACGCAAGAAGGCACCACACUCGCCAACGGCCGAGGCGGCGCGGCCGCGGCCGUUGGGCGCGCCCGAAGAAGCCCUCCGCGCACAGUUGGCCGGCCUCCGCCGCAAGGCCGCCUUCCGCUCACGCAGCAGCCCCCCAACCCCCACCCACCAGCAAGGGUCGGCUGCCGCUACAGGGAAGCAGCAGGCGACUUCUUGCGAGGGCUUUGCAGCCGAAAAACACCAAGCUGCUGCCGAGCCGGCUUCAGCAGGCUUCAAGAGCAGCACCAAGGAGGCUGAUGGGGUCCAUGUUGGCCACGAUACUUUCGCUGAGUCGCAGCUCGCAGGUCUCAAAAGGCGUGCCAGAAACCGCCAAUAUCAGCAACAGGCGGCUCCUCCCCCAAGCCACAGCACAGCAUCCGAGACGCUCCACAACACAAUGAACGCAGCCGCAGAGAUGCAGAAGCCGCAAACCAGCGCGCACGCCGAAGAUCAGGACCUGGAGAGCAUGGCUGCAGCUGGCACAAUGUAUGAGAUGAAGGCAACUGCACCUGCGUUGGCAAUGGAGGAUGCGGCGGCUGCUGACGGGGAGCCAGCGUGGCGCGAGCAGCUGAGGUGCGCGCGCGACUUCAUGGCAGAGGUGCAGCUGCGCACGACGUCCAGCAACAUCGUGGCCGCCACAUUCACCGGCCUGCGCGCCCGUUUGGCGCCCACCAUCGCUGAGCUGGCGCACCGCACCGCCGCCGUCGCCAGCGCCGGUCCCAUCAACACUUCAGGAGCCGAAGGAACGCCCCUUGCUACCGGGGAACGCGCGCAUGCAUUCGGCCGGAGCGCAUUGGAGGCCGGUGCCGCCUCCGGGGAGGAGGCUCGCAGAGUCCUCGGCGCGAGCGGUGCCGGGUUUGCGGGGGAGAAGGAGAGCUGUGGGCAGCAGGGGCCUGCCCAGCUUGGGCAGCAGCUGGCUUCGCAGCUGGCAGGCCUGAAGCGGCGCGCAGCCAUCCGGCAGUACCCAGCUUGA